ACACACACACACACACACACAAUUCCUCUCUAUGCCUCGUCAAAUGGUACCUCUACAUUCCUCUUUGCUGCAAUUUUAUUCCUGCUAAGGCCCUAGAAAGAAUUCUGUGAUCAUCAUUGCUGAUCUUCCACAGUUACAUUGUGUACAGUUCGUACAAUUCACAGACAGACAGACAGACACACAAGUCGGAUACAUGAUCAUCGACACGGCGCUGGAAUUUCUGGUUCCGUCAUGGUGGGAGGUCCAAGUCACAAUCGCCGCCUCACUCUUCGUCAUCGCCGCCUACUGGUUCUUCACAUACGACGUCGUAGUUGACCGGCCCGUGAAUGAUCAUUCGGAGGAUCCCGUGACCGGGGAUAUAAUUGAUAAGUACAAGAUAGGCCAACUGAAAGGAGACUCUCAGACCAAUUCUGCAUUUAUAAUCAAGGUGGAACUGUUGGCAGCUAAGAAUCUUAUUGGUGCUAAUCUUAAUGGCACGUCAGAUCCUUAUGCGAUCAUCACUUGCGGUGCAGAAAAGCGUUUCAGGUGAAUGAGUAUUUUGAUUCCG